CUGCCGCAUCCCAUCGCGCGCGAGUCGUCGUUCCUUUUGCCGCGCCUACUCGCUAGGGACACGGCGAUGCUGUUCUAGGCUCGCACAGCAAUAUGCCCAGUCGCAGAGAUGCUCAAGAUGUCCCGUCAUCGAGGCGACCACCGCCGACCUCGUCGUCUCAGCAGCCAUCAAGAGCGCUCCCUUACGCACUAGGCGGGUCCUUUGCCAACUCCUCCUCGUCGCUUGUGCACCUCCGCCAGCAUGCUUCGUCGCAGGAUCUUCUCGGCCUCGCCUCGAUGUCAGGAUCGUCUGCGCUGCUUCCGACAGUCAUUGUCGGAAAUGAGGCGCAGUCAGGGCAGCCACAGACAGAGGGACCCUUGACGGCCGCCGAACUCCACCACGGCCGAAUGACACUGACAGCACCGGACAAUAUGCGGAGAAAGAAGCAGGAGGAAAAGGAAAAGAGGGAAAAGGCCAGGCGCAAGAAGGCGGAGAGGGCGGUGCAAGCGGCCAAUGCCCUCUCGUCAAACAGCGGCGCUAACCUGGCGGGACCUAGUCACACGACCAUUGCCGCCACGUCGACUCACCAAAGCGUGCCCACCACUGCGACAAAGAGGGCCAAGAAACGCACAAGGCCUGCCUUGGCAGUGACAGCCCCAGACAGAGGCCCGUCGAGACCCCGGAGCGCCCAGCAGCUCGCUACUCCUUCAACCUCUACAAGCAACGAGCAGCUCUCGAGGAGCUCGGCGCCUCGCAAUGCGAGCCCGACGAGAAGAGAAGCCGGUGCAAGAAGAAGAGAGCGGCAGGAUCAACCUUCCCAGCGAGCUGAGCACCCUGUCAGACCACGGAGCGCAGGCCCCACCAUGGCGUCGCCGAGCGUAGCCGCGCAAGAACCAGCCUCUCCAGCUGGCGCCAGCCUCGCCUCUCUCGCAGCACGAAGACGACACGACAUCUAUGCUGAGCUCUCGUCUCUCGGCCUACCGGGGGCUGAAGAGUCUGACCCAGAGCCAGACUAUGAGCCACCUCCGUUCCCAGCCAAUGCCACCAGACCUCGCUCCCCGCCGCGACAGCCGAGAGAGGGCGAGGAAUGGACAGAGGAGGACAGGAGGAGGCAAGAGGAGGCGGUCAUGUACCAGGUGCCAGAUAGCCCUCCGCCGGCAUUUCGAAGCGAGGACGAGGACGAGAAUGAAACGAACGCGAGGACGCAGAGAGCGAGAACCAAUGCGGAGCCUGAAGAAAGAGCUACAAGGGUUUACAGCGACGCAGAUCGGGCAACAGACUCGUCGGCCGACGAAGCGGAGAUGAAUUCGAUCCGUCAAGCCUGGGAAGACGAUCUAGCGGCUGGCUUUACAUUGGAGGAGAGAUUGGAGCGGGACAGGCAGCGGAGGGAGCAGCAACAGCAGCAACAACAGCAAACCACCGUGCCUCAAUUGGGACGCCUCGUUAUGGAGGCAAGGGCGAGACGGAGACUUGAUGCUGGACAGACUACAGCGUUAGAGGAGAGUGGCGAAAGUGCGGCCCCGGUUGUGCAAGGCCCAUCGGCAGCUUCUCAAUCAGCUUCACCAUCGAACGCUCAUCGGAGAGUAGCUUCUACUGGCGAGGUACCAGCAUCAUCUACCGCGGCCCCACGGUGCGCCAGUGAUGAAAUAGAGCCGAGGAAGAGGAGUCGAACAGCUGCUAUCGGGACUGGAACUGGUCUUUUGCAUGGUACCGCAUCGACUGAAACUCACGGACUCCAAGCUACAAAGAUACGAGGCAGACCGUCAAGCGAGUCUCACUCUCGCUUCAGAGACGACGCUUCUGCAGCUGCUGCUCGACGGAGAGACCUCUGGGGACCCAUUGUGGGCGCUUCAUCUACCUCGGCGGCUGUCGCUGUUCCACCCACCAAUGCAGAAGCAUCUUCCAAUGUCCUUGCGCCUCGACUCAACGAGACGGCCGUUACAGACAGCGAGGUGCCGCUGCGGAGGCAGAUGUUGGCCCGCCUUGGCUCGUCAAGCAGUAGUAGUGGCGUGCCAGCCACGUCUCAGGAGGAAUCUGCCUCUUCAGACGAGGCCUGGGAAAAAGAGGAAGCCAUGUUGCAGGCAAUGCGACAGCAGCGCGCGGCACCGAGACCAUCUCGGAGCAGUCAGUCAUCUUCAGAUGAUCGGAGGCCCUCUGUGCCUGGAGGGUGGGUCGGGGAUGCAGCAGCUCGGCAGCAACGGCCGCCGCUAGCAGGUCAAUCGAGAGCUUCUCUCGAGGACCUGGGCAAGGUGGGAAGAAGCGUACCAAAGGCACCUCCGCCUCUCGUCUUGGGCCGAUCCAGAGGAGGUGGAGCAGCGUACAGCAGCAGCAGCGAGGAGAGCGAGAGCGCUGAAGAAGGCCGUUAUCGCCAAGACGACGACAGUGACGACUCGCUCUCCCCCUCGGAACCUGAUCAGGCCCUGUCUGAGCCAGCAUCAAUUGCGAGCAGCGCCAAGGAAAGCACGUCGCAGCUCUCGUUGGCCUCUGCGUCGUCCCGCUCGGUCCAUCGACUGGAAAAGGGCAAGCAGCCAAUCAGGCCGUCUUCGGCUCCUUUCACGACGGAAGAAGCCAGGGCUGGGCAGUUUGAGGAGGACAGUGGGAGUAGCGGAGACGUUUCUUCGGAAAGUGACCAAGAAGGGGAACCUACCCCGUCGAGCGAUCGACCACCAGUCGGCCACCGACUCAAAGGCCUUUUCGCUACACCACUUCAUGGCCAAGAAGCUGCCUUGGAACCCCCCUCGACAAGGAAGAGCUCUUUCGAUAGGCUUUUGGACACGAGGCUCGCCGGUACACCACGGUCUCCGGCGGAGUCCUACCGGUCUGUGUCCAGGCAGACUGGAAAUGCGACAGGAGAAGAUGGGCAGAGAGAGCAGCAGCAGCAGCGUGAAGAGACGGUGCUGGCAAGAAAUGAAACGAUGCGUAAGCUCUCUGGUACAUCUACCUCUCGAACAAUGGACGAGCAGCAGGCUCGUUCAGAAGCUCUCGCAUCCAUUGCCCAGAUACAGGCUGCUUCGGCCGGCGCAUACGGCAUUGAUUCUCUAUCGGCCCUUGAGCGCAUGCUUUCUUCACGACAGCCAGUCCAAGAGGGCGAAACGACAGGUACUCCACGGCUUGGUCGGUCAGGCGCCAUCAAUCGACGCUCGACCGCGUUUGUCAACCCUCGAUCGAGUGUCGCCCCUAGACCGCUCGGUCGUCUACCCACUAUCACCGCCGCCACUCGUCACUUCCCGCCCUCGAGGCAGCAGAUCGAAGAGACGUCUUCUGCUGCUUCUUUCAAUCACCUUUCUUCUCCUCCACCACCGGGGAAUGGUACUCCUAGCUGGAUGGCCUACAUCCCUGCGGAGGAACGGAGAGCUCUUCCCGAGCCACUCGAGCCCUCGAAGAAGCACACGAGCGGCAACAGCAAUCCGUUGCCAGAGCCUCCCCUGCCCUGGAGAAGACCAGGCAGCCGAGUGAGCGCCAUGGUGGAGCGAUUCGAGGUAAACGGACCUGACGCCAGGCCGCCGAGCCCGACAAAGGAACCAGAGCACCAAUCUCUUCAGCAAGGGUCUUCGUCCAGACCUGAGAGUGGGGCAGAUCGCCAAGAGACACUGAGAAGACGUCCACCGCCGCCACCGCCGCCUCAUGCUCAACCUUCUGCAUCGCAAAUGGCAUCGUCGCAGCGACCAUUUCUCUACAACGGCUCGCAGAGGCCAAAUUCCCGCAAUUCAACGUUAAUGAGGGCCGAACCGGCAGGAGACUCCUUCAGAGCCGCUAGCGCAUCGAGUAUUAGCUCGAUGCCUUUCAGUGGGGGUAGCACGCCCUCGGCGCAAGGGCAGGAUGUGCCUUCGAACGUGGCGCCGAGCACCUCGGACCACAGCGCGGUCGGCCGUGCGACAUCUUCGUCUUCGUCGUCGAUGAUGAGACCGCCUCCGCCGCCAGCACCGCCAAGGACUGGACCUGGGGCUAGAUUGGUGAUGCCCUCACUCCCGCCGCGGCCUCAGCUGCUGGAUGGAGACGAUCAACAGCCUCAGCAAAGAAGUCAGACGCCAAUCGAUGAACUUCGGAGAGCAUCUGGCUCUGGCACAGGAAGGAGCAGCCCAAUGACGCCCGUUAGCAGAGGAGACGGUGCAAUUGCGACUCGCGAGCCAGAACAGGUUCGGCAAACACGAAUCGGAGCAUCGAGGCCGCUUCCAACACCUCCGCCUACGCUUAUGAACAGCCUCGUGCGGCCCGCCGCUGCGGAGGAGCCGCAGCCGCCCGCUCGUUCUCCUUUGGCUUCUCCUUCCAUCGUCAGCGAGCGCCCAGCGGAGCCAUCGCCGACAACAGCGGCAUCGACUACCCAGGCGAGCGUGGCAGCCGAGACGAUGGCGGGUGCCGCUUCGAGCCUCGCCCGCGCGCCCUCGCUGGGGCUGACGGACCUCGACGUCUUUGCAUCCCGUCUUGCCGACCUGCAGGAUCGUCGGCAAAGAGCCGUCGCAGCCUCUGGCUCGUCUGAUGAUCGUUCAUUGGCCGAUGGCGAUGCCGAGCCCGAUGGUGAGGCCGAGGGAGGCUCGACGAGGCGAGACACGUACGACGACUUGCACCUCCUUGCCGAGUUUCUGGGACCCGCCAAGAAUCCCGGCCUGACGCCCGAACAGCUCUCGCAGAUUCCCGUGGCGCCCGUCGAGUGCGUGCGCCGGCGCGAGGUCAAGGACAAAAAGACGGGCGCGGUCCUCAAGACGAAGCUCCGCCUCGAGGUCGCCGGCGUAAAGGUCGAGAGGUGUGGUGUGUGCCUGAUCCAGUUCCGCGAGGGCCAGCUGGCGGCCAUCCUGGAAUGUCUCCACGUCUUUCACGAGGAUUGCGCAGGCAAGUGGCUGCGCGGUAGCCGCGUCUGUCCAUCUUGCCGGGCUCCAGUUGCAGAGGAGGGAGCCGACACAUAGUGGGACCAAAUCAAAAGAAAAAGAAAGACAGAAUUCACACAAUGUAAUGCCUUUGCCUCAUCCACAAUUCUCAUUUAGUUCGAUAGG